CUAGACAUGAGGAAGAAACCAACUUUAAAGACAUUUAAUUUCUUAUGUAAAUUAUAUUACCACUUAUAAUUAUGAAGAUCAUUAACAAUUUAGUCAUUUGAGAGUGAUAGUUUUUACUAUAGUGAUACUAGCAGUGAAGUAUCUUAAAUAUUCGUGACUCACGUUAACUUAUGGUUUUACUUCGCUACAGCCAGUUAUUCUCUUGAUUUGGUUGGUACACACAAUUCCUGCCAAUAUCUUCAGAACGCGGUGAAAAAUACAUUCAGGGUUCAUUUAAUCUUGCACACUAAAAUUCCUCAAUACAUAAGAACAGUCGAAGAAGUCUACUCCAUGUGGCUUAUUGGUCAACAGCUGGUGGCAUAAUGGUUCGUGCUAGUUCAAUUCAAAAUUGAAUUUGUCGCGCACCUGCUCCCCGUGUCAGUGGGGCCUAUACAAGCAUGUUCGAUGUGGUUGUUAUCGGUGCAGGUAUAUCUGGACUGGGAGCUGCUCACCUACUCACUCGUGAAUCAUAUAGUGUUCUAGUGUUGGAGGCACGUAAUCGUCCAGGUGGCCGAAUACAUAGCGUGCGCCUACCCUCAUUAUCAACACCUGUUUCUAAUGCCCAAUCAAAUAUCAAUCAUGAUAACCUCAGUACUUAUCAUUUCCAUAUUGACGAACAAAAACCUAAUACGUCAGUACAUGAAUCAUCCGAUUCUGAUAGUUCCAUGUCAUCUCGUUCUCCUCCUUCUGCUCACCAAUCAUUUGAUCGUCAAUUGGAUGAUGAAAUUAAUUCGGAUUAUUCUGGUCCGAUCGAUGUUGAUCUUGGUGCAAACUAUUUAAUUGGUUGUUCAAAUCGACAAGCUGACCAACCAUUAUUUCAUCUAGCUCGUAUGCUACGAAUUCCUACAGCUGUUACUGCUGGUGAUUUGUGCAAAAAAUAUCGCGGUUGGGAAUGUGUAGAAAUAGCCAAAUGGCUUAAUCAUUUUACUCCUAACUCGCCGAUAACUCCUGAUCAAGUUGCUGAUGGUGUAUUUCUGUUUGAUAAGGUUAUUCAUCUUACUGUUGAUCGUUAUAUGAAAACAAAAUCUAAAACACAAUGUAAUCAUUCUGACACUACAGUCAAAGAACUUUUUGAUAAAGCUUUACAAGAUAUAUUUGACAUUGAAGCUCAAUUCGGAAUUCGUCCUUCUGCUAAUUUUCGCGAUCAUAUUGAAGAAGGCAUAUUCUUAUCUAUAGUUAGCCGUUAUUUAGCAUAUGUAAAUCCUAUAGAACGCUUGCCAUUAUGCGUUUUAGAUGAUCUAUGUGAAGUGGCCGACUCGAAAUGGCAAUCAAAUAUUAUCGGUGGAAAAUCUGGCAUAAAUACUGGACAACAUGGUUUAAAUCAGUCAUCUUUACUGGCUCAACUCGUACAAUCCUAUCCUACAUUUGAUCAACGUAAAGCUUAUCAUGCUUGGGCAGAACGUAAAUUGGACGCUUUAGAAAAUAAUGAUAAGUCCUCUUUACCAUCGAUUGCUAAAUGCGUAUGUGUUAGCUGGGAGGAUCGCCUAGUGACUAGUCGAUUUAGUGACCUAUUGAAUCCAUUGCUUAAAGGUGUAAAUAUAAUCUACAAUGCUGUAGUUACGGAAAUUGAUUGGAGUAGAGCUGGUGAUACUACUACUGCUAAUAAUAAUAAUAUCAAUAAUAAUGAUAACAAUAGUAUUAAUAAUAAUGAUACACACUAUAAUAGAAUAUUAAUAAAGGCAAGAGUGAAACGGGAAUCCCAUUUAACUCAGAAUGGUGAUGAUGAUAAUUUGACACAGGAUUCGUAUGAAGAGCAGAUAUAUGAAGCCAAACAUUGUAUUAUUACUGUUCCAGUUGGUGUGCUAAAAGGUCUUAGUCCGUCCUCAACAAUCACUUUCUAUCCGGAAUUACCAUUGAAUAAACGUCAAGCUAUUGAACGUUUGGGUAUGCCUAGUCAAGGUUCGGCUACACAUGAAAAAGUAAUUCUACGCUUUAAAUACCCUGAACAUGUGUUCUGGGAUACUGGUGCAGCUCAUCUCAAAUGUCCUGAUCCUCGUUUGCAUAUUCUAAAUUUACAUCGUUAUGGCAAACCGGGUGUUUUAUGCGCUCAUUUAUGGGGAGGAUCUGGUCUCAAUUCAGCUAAUCGAUCGGAUAAAGAAAUUGUUGAUAUAAUAUUAGAUUUAUUAAACUUAAUGUACGGUGGAAAAUACAAACCUGAUUCUGAAGUAUCAGGUCGUAAAAUUCCCGACCCAGUGUAUUAUUUAGUGACCCGUUGGUCUGAAGAUCCUUUUUCUCUAGGCGCUUAUACUACUGGGGAGCCAGGUAGUUCCGAUGCUGACCGGUUAGUCUAUGCAUUAAGUUUAACUGGUUUGGAUGCCAAAAAUCAGCGGAAAAUGAAACUAGGAGAGGAUGUUUUUAUUGUUGACGAUAAUCUUAGUAGCAAUAAUGUGAACUUUACUGCUGAUAAUGAGUUGACAAUUCCACGUCUUCUGUUUGCUGGUGAAGGAACACUGACAGCGAAAGAAGCCAAGGAAUGUACUCACGGUGCUUUACAGACUGGAAUUGCACGAGCUAUUGAAUUAUUACCAUAUCUUAUGAAAUCUAAAUCUACUAUACCUGAUCCAUGUAUAAUACGUGAUUUGGAAAUUUUACGUUUACAUGCACAAUCGAAUUUUUCCAGUUUCAGCACUAAACUGGCUAGUUAUUUAUUCGGUAAAGUACAAUUAAAUCGUUUAUUAAAUUGUAAUAUAGCAAAUGGUAAACAAUAUCGUCGUGUAAUUUUAACACGUUCUGCUGAACAUACUGCUAAAGUCCUAUCAUAUCAUACUACUAAUAAUAGUGAUAAUGAUGAGAAAAUGAACAUAAAACUCGAAAAUAUCAAUUACAUGAUUGCUACUAAUACUCCAUUCUCAAGGUCACCAUUUUAUGGUUAUCGUCGACGUUAUCAUCAUUCAUCUAAAUCUUGUUGGAAUACAGAUAAUGAAAAUUGUAAAUGUUGUUCAUAUGCUCAUAUUAGUAAACGUUCACGUCUUGCUACUACUGGACGUAGAGGAAGAAGAGGGAGAGGGAGAACAAGAGGCUGUACAAUUUACAAUCAACGUGGUAAUUUGAACGCACAAAUGUCACAUAGUUUUAUUGUGAAACGACCACGUGGAAGACCACCUAAACGUCAAGGUCUUGCUGCGUUGCAUGCGAUUUCCAGAGCACAUCGUUAUUUACGAAGAGUAUCAUCAUCUAGACUACUGUAUAAUCGAUAUAGAUUAGAAUCUUCUAAUUUAUUAAAUCAACCAGUUAACUCAAUAUUACCAUCCUCCACGUCAUCAACACCAACAUUGUCUGUACGAGGCAGAGGUCGGGGUCGAUGUGGUAAACGAGGUAGACCACGAAUACACUUCCCUCGUACUUAUGAAUCUACUGGUACAAGUUGGGGUAAUUAUCUAUCUGAAGAAGAUAGACAAGAAAGUUUAUUACAACUAGGUAAUUUAUUAAAUGAUCUUCACUCACCACAAAAAUCUAAACAUGUCUGUGUAACUAUACCACAAGAAUUAUGUUUAAAUACUGAAAUUAUUCUUACUAAUGGUGAUACAACAACAGCAAUAUUAAAAGAUGAUGGAUUAGAAGAAGAUGAAGAAGAACUCCUUUCUCAUAUUGAUGAAGAUAAUUCUGUUAAUGAUAAUGAUGGACAUCAUUAUGAUUAUUCAGGUUUGUCAUUGAAGAACAACCAUGUAGAUGUUAUGCAAUAGUAGAAGUAAUAGUAGUAAUAAUAAUGAUAAUAAUAAUAAUAAUAAUAAUUUGAUGUAUAUAUUAUUAUGUGUAAAUGUGUGUGUAUCCUUAUAUGAGAGUAGAGAACAUAAAAUGUCUAUUAUUUUGUUCUCAGCAACAGUUGAUAUUUCAUGGCUGCUUUUUAUCCAUUUGUUCCAUCUUUUUUUCUUUUUAAAGCAAAAAUAGGAUUCUCUUUGUUGUUGUUCUUCUUCUUGUUUUUUUUGUUGGUUCAUUAUUUAUGUUCUGCCACAAUUCACAUUAAGUAAAUUUUCUUUUUGUGUGUGUAAUGAUUUUCAAUUGUUCAACAAUGGAUUGUCUUAUUCUUUAUGUAUAUUCAUAUUAAUAUACUAUCAGGAUGUGUAUGUGUUGUAUGGUAAAUGUAUGUGUUUCUGUUCUUUCUUUGCUUCUUCUUCAUCUUCAUUUUAUGUACAUAUUUCUCCUUCUCAAUGUAUGUCGUUUAAUCUUUAUUUUUUUACAUUUUAAAAAGAGAAUUAGUAAAUAAAGAACAAAAAGAAAAUAAUUAAUGUUUUAUGUAUAAAUUACUUAUGCUAACAUAUGAACACAUAAGUAUUGGUACAAAAGGGUACCGAAUACAUAUGCGCUAUACAAAUCCAUUUGAUUUGUUAGUGGGCUGUGAUACUGUCCGGAUGCUCAGACUGAAACAGGUGGUUUUCGUAGAAGGCUAUACCUCGAGUCUUCAACCUGAAGGUCUGAUCCACAAAGUAGUGGAGCAGCGUAAGUAGAUGUAGUCUGUUGCUAGCUGGUGGCCAAUAAUAGGUUCAUACGCCGUUUGUUUCUUCAGGAUACUGGAGCCCAUGUACACUAUUGGUUUGGAAUGAGGGUAUUCCAACUCUCCUAGAUGGAGAUUGUAGUAAUUUAAUAGUUGAAAUCAUGAGCCGAUUAAAGCCGGACCACCAUGUAAAGCCUGGAAACACUGGACGGCCGUUACGUGCUAGUAUGGGACUCCUAAACCAUGCUACUAUAAUAUUCACAAAACUCACUUUCUGAUAAUAAUUUUCAUGUGCUCAUUAGUGAGUUUUGAGUAAUUUAUACUGUCUAGACAUUGACACCGUUGGAUGCCAGCUCAGUGGUUUAGCGACCGUAAAUCCUGGGUUCGAAUCUCACGGAGCGGGAUUGUGGGUGCGCGCUUCUGAGGAGUCUUUCGGUAGGACAAAACGGCUGUUCGGUGCUUCCAGAUUCUUCACGG